UAAUAACAUAUUGCUUUCAUAAGCAAAUGGUUAAACAAAGGAACUCGAAAAACGGUUUUAUGUUUAAGCUUAAAUCGAUUCUCCUUGUAAAAUUUAUAAAAAUACACUAGAAUAAUAAAUAUAGUGAAAUUUUACAAAUCAACCUUGAUAAAAAUGGCUUCAUUAUUAAUGAUCUGGAUAAAUUCAAGAAUCAAGUCUUAAAAGAAAACUAUCGACACACUAAUUUUAAUAGUUUCAGAAGGUAUUAAAAUAUUUUAGUUUAAGAUCCUUAAAUUUGUAUGGGUUUUCUUCAAAAAAAUGCAAAAAAAGGAAAAUAUUGUAUAUAAACCCUAAUUUCAAUAUAAAUUCAGAGGAACUCCCAAGAAUUCAAAUAAGACCAGUUGAAAUAUAGGAUUUCAAAAGUGAACUGAUUAGGGACUACAAUAUUUUAUUAGUUAUUCGGGAGAGUUAAAAAAAAAUCAUGCAACAAGUUUAAUAACUAGUUGAGGCUUAAAAUAUAUUACACUUAAAAAUUCAGAGAUAAUAUUUAGCUUAUUUAAAGGAGAGAAUAUUUUAAAGAAUUCGAUUUAGGAAAUUAGAACGAUUUUGUUUUUGCUUCUAUUUUAAUAUACAAGAUUAAAAAUACAGUAACAAAUUAAAAUGUAUUGAAUAGAAAAAAUCAUAGAAAGAAGUCUGGUGAUAGUAGCAAAAACACUUUCACAGUCAUCUGAAAGUUAAAUGAUAUUAGAUGCUUACAAUUUGAAAUAAUAACAUGAAUCAUAUUAAUAGCAGUUUAGUAUGUUUUUGGAUAGACAUCUUCUAUCUAAUGGAAACAGUAAAGCAUUAUCAAACAGUCCAGGAGAGUUUGACUUGAAUUAAAGUUUUAGUGCAUUGAGUAACUACUUCGAGUUUUGAGAAAUUAGAUACUAAAAUGA